UCCCACAAAGACAAAGCCACAAGCAUCUCAACCAAAGAACCCUAAUUUCUUCCCCUUGUUUCCUAGCACCCUUCUCUUGAUUUUUCAUUUUGGUGGGCUUUCUUGUUUUUGCUCGUUUGUUGGUUUUGUUUGGUUUCUGAUGCGAUUAGGUUGAAAAAGUUGAAAUCUUGGAGAUAUGUCUUGUUGUUUGAAGUCUGGAAGCUCUGUUUAUGGGUCCAAUGAUCUUGCUUUCAAGAACAGAGCAAAAGGGUCUUUAAGGGUUUGUUCUUCAAUCCAGACCCUUCAUUCAAAUCCCAGUGAAUGUUUAGGCAAAACCCUUCAUUUGUCAGAUCAGAAACCUGCUACCAAGUUUGUCAUUGAUUCCCCCAAAUCAGACUCUUCCAAUGCACAUACAUCAUUGAGAUGGUGGGAGAAAUUCCUUCAUCAAAACAUGAUAGAGAUUCAAUCAGCUCAAGAACUAGUGGAUUCAUUGCUGAAUGCUGGUGAGAGAUUGGUUGUGUUAGAUUUCUACUCCCCUGGCUGUGGAGGUUGCAGAACUUUGCAUCCAAAGAUAUGCCAGCUUGCUGAACUGAACCCUAAUUCCCUUUUCCUCCAAAUCAACUAUGAAAAUCACAAGGAGAUGUGUGAUGCCCUCAACAUCCGAGUGCUUCCCUUCUUCAGAUUGUACAGAGGUGAAGAGGGGAGAGCUUGCAGCUUCAGCUGCACUAAUGCAACGAUCAAGAAAUUCAAAGAUGCAUUGGCCAAACAUGGCACUAGCUCUCGCCGGCUCGGGUCGGCAAAGGGGCUGGAUGAAUCGGAGCUGUCUGCAUUGGCAUCUCGUGGUCUGAUUUCAAGAAAUGUGGAGGGAAAUUCAUCCAUGGAGUGUGAAGUGGAAGAAGGUGGUGUCUUUAGCUUAAGAUGACAAUUUGGUUUAGACUUUAGAGAGUAAGGCCAUUAGUUCUGGAAUUGGUAAUUCAUGUAUUCUUUAUCUCAUUUUUUUUCCCUCUCUUUUGUUUUCAAAUGUAAAUAAUUAUUGAUAAUGGAGUCCUUUCCAUUCUUAAUAAAUCAAUAAAUUAAUUUA